CUACUCUUUAUUUUCUCCGCCGUUUGAAACCCAAAACCCAAACCUCCACCAAUCUCUCUCUCUCGUCUCUUGCUUCCCGCAACAAUGGCCGACAACACUGAAAUCGUAACCAGACAAGAAGCCCCUCAAAAUCCCAUCAACUUGUUCGCUCUCUUCUCCAACUUCAAGCCUCAAUUUCCAUUCUGGAAGAAGCAGCAGCCGAAACAACAACCAAACCCAGUUCAAGAUGAACCUAGUUCCUCUGUUUCUCAGAAACUAGUCACCGUGAGGUUCCCAAAAGCGCAACCUGUCGUUCCCACUGUGGCUUCUGAGGUUGAAGAACCCAUGAGCAAGACUUCCAAUCCCAUUUUAGUCUGGCAGGUCUACGCUCUUGGAGGGUUUCUGGUUUUGAAGUGGAUAUGGGGAAAAUAUCAGGAAAGAAAGGGUCAAAAGGAUGACGGAAAAGAAUCUUCUGAUGAUGAACAAUCUUCUGUUGAUGAAUAGGCUUUUCGUAUGCAACAGUAAACCUUUCUUGUUACAAUGGCAUAUUCAUGAUGCAAGUUACUUUCUAGAUUCAUGAUAUGGUGGUAUUAGUACAUCUAAACUCCGUUUGUAAAGAAAGUGGUUUAAGUCUUUUCUAAUUUUUACCCACUUCUCUUUUUUU